AUGUAACUUCAUCUCUGAUUGGUCGAUAGUAACCCUGCAUGACCCCAACUAUAAUUUGAAGUGAAUUGGAGUAUAUCCACUGUCUGUGGGGAUAGAAAUUUUUACUAUGUGCCUGUCACACAAACAUCAUAUAAACACUGCAUCUGGAAGAUAUUUUAUCUGCCUUGGAUAACUUUAUAUUUCACAGCUAGCUUGCGGGCUUCAUCAGAGUCACUUGAAAAUUGUGCAAAUAAAAGUGCAGUGAAGUGUUUUGGAAGGUUUAAAAUUGUGUUAAAGCUUAAUUCCAUGUGGAGAUACAAGAGGAAUUGAUGAAGAUAGUUCCAUGAUAAUGAAAAGUGAUGCUAACUUAAAUAUAUAAUGAUUGUGUGUUUAUUGUGUUUAAUAUGUAAGGAAAAAAUCAAGACUGAAAUAACGGGAACACUUAUUUGCUGAAAUGUGCAUAAUGAAUUGGCAAAUACUUUGAAGUUCUGUUCAAAAUAUGGAGGUUACUUUCAACCAUGAGGUGGGGUAGUGUUUAUUGACUUGUAUGGAAAAAGUGAUCAACACUUAUCACCAUGACAACAACCUGUCUCAUAGCAACAGUGUAGCCAAUGGCAACUCUCUUGCUGAUGCCGUAUUUGAAGCAGCUAUUGAGCUGGACGAUGCUGAUAAUGGAGGGGAAAGUGAGUUUUCGUUACCUCUUAGUAAUGAAAUGAGUGACAUUUCAUCUCACAAUAAAAUGACCUUUAACGAAAUAAGGCCAAGGUCAUUUUCUGAUGCCUCUGUUGGUAAGGAGCGUCCUGGCAUUCUGAAAAAGCUGCAGGGUAGACUUGUUGGAAGGGAGAAGAGGACCUGUAUGAAAGUGUUUGUCAAAAGAGAAAGCAAAGUUGCGACGGCCCAGGAGUUGGUGCAGUUUGAAGCAUUACAAGAUGCAGAAUUUGGGUUCCGUCAGAGUCUUGACGGGGGAAAGGCACCAAUCCGUUUCCCAAAGUCAGCCAGCUUUGAUGACAUGCUUAAGUAUCCACACGAUGAACAGGUUCCUCCACCUAAACCACACUUGCCAGCUGAGUACAGGAAAAGUUUGAUGAAUCAGUUGGAACAUUUCAAAGACCACUAUUUUCAUAUUGAAGAUGAUUCUCAGAUGGAGGAGGAAGCAGGGUUUCAAACUGCUUCAAUAAAGGCUUCAAAACAACUUGCAAGAGUGGAUUCUAAGAAACAAGCAGAGUUAGAUACCAAGAAACUUGCUGGGACUGAUAGUGAUAAACGUUUGGACGACAAACUUUCAACAGUUAAGGACCUAGAACAUGAACCAGGUAGAAGAUAUAGAAGGAAAAUUUCUUCACCUGAGGUCCCUGGAAGAACCUCAAGCCUGGUUUACAGGCAUUUUGAUACAAAGUUUCAGUCUGAGCUGCUUAAAAAAGAACUUGAAAAACUACGAAAUCACAAGCUUGUGCGUAAAAAUUCUGAAUCCAUGAUACAGAAGUUUGAGACCAUAUUAAGAGAAAGAACAGUGAGUGAUACACAUGUGAGGUUUGCAGAUGAGGCUGUAUAUGCAGAAGUUGAAUGUGAACAAGGGGUAGUAAGCCCAUCCAAACCCCCUCUCAGACCAACCCUUUCUCUGGACUCACAUGCUUCAGUCAUUAAUAUUUUAAAACCAACAGGCUUGAGCUUGGGAACUUCUGAUCAGGAUUCACAUGAACAUGAUACCAGGAAUCCCUACAGUGAAACGGCAGUUUCUGGAACUGAUAGUUAUGUUGAUGGUGACAGAAGUAGAAACAUUUUGCGUAGUCAAGAACAAUCUAGAUCAAAAUCUGCAUCAACUACAGAACGAUAUAAAAAUAGUGGUACUACUGUACAUUUGAACUCACUUGGAUCUACAAAUGGUUCAAAUCUGUCAAAGUCAGCGUCCAAUCUCAGAAGGAAUAUGGAAACUAUUCGCAAAUUUAAUGCAGAAUCUUUGCAGCAAAAGCGGGAGCAUGUAAAGCACAAGUACAAACAGAAUCCUAGAGUUUCUAUCUCACCUGAGGAUGUUGAUGUAGAUCUUGACAGGGGCUUUGUAGAGGCACAAGAAAGACUUGUUCAGAAAAGUUCCAAAUAUGGAAGUGACAACAGGUCUGAUGAAGAAAAGUAUGCAGCAUUGUCGCGAAACAAAAUCUGUAUACACAAGAUCAGGGCCUGUUAGACCAGAUGGCUCUUCUGUGGUAAAACCAUAUCAAACCAAAGUGACUUCACAAAGCAAACCUGCAAGUGAUACAAAUACAAUUGUGCCCGAAUCUGGGGAUGUAAGACCAAAGCAGGCCUCCAGAGGACAAACAUGUGAUAAAAACAAAAGUGGUGCUAAAAGCGAGGGUGCUAAUGUGAUGUUGGAGGACAUUCCGUACCGUGUAGAUCUCAGUAACGGUAGACCAGACACUAGAGGUGCUAGGAGCUCAACAUAUGUGCCAAAUUAUGUGCCAAUGGUGCCUUUGCAACAUAUAAAACCAGACAAUGUUAAUAUAAAUAAUAAUAUAUCCCAAAACACUGGUGCCUUGGAUACCACAGUGGUGGCUCAAAGCAACAUUGAGGGAGGUAGUGGUAGACUAGGCACUAACCAAGGUGCUAGUAGCCCAACACAAGUGCCAAAUAAUUUGACAAAGUUGGCUCAAAGCAACAUUCAGGGAGGCAUGGGGUCAGGUAUAUCAGAAG